AUGGUACAAGACUUGCUAAUGCUAAAGAAGAAUAUGCAAGAGUCAUAUAGUUAAGAUGAAUUGAAUGAUAAAUAUGGAGCUAAUCUACUUAGGAGUUUGAAUAAAAGACUAAUGAACCUUGUGAAUUCAAGGACUACUUAACCUGCUAAGAUAGCUAAUGGUCACCAUUCAAGUCAUAGUAUCUCAAGUGAUAUUUAGAGAUUUGAGAGAUUCUUUGAGUUUCUAUUGAAUCUAGAAAAAAAUAGUCUAAUUACUAAAAUUGACAUUUUCAACUACUUCGCAGAACUUUUCGAUAGUACUUCAGAGGACACCUUAGGUCCUUUAUUUUCUAUGAUGGAAGAGAAAAUGUUCAAUGGAAAUCUGCUUAAUAUUUAAUCAGAAGAUGUGAAGAAGGAUUAGUAAACUACAGCUUCGAUUCUAAAUAUUAUCUCAAGAGUCUGUAAAAGUAUUAUGAGAAAGCUCAGUGUUACCCAUGAUACUGGAUUUAGAGGGAAAGUCUAAAAGCUUAUCGCAUCAGUCUUCCCGCUCACUCAUCCAUCUGGGUUGAAUAAACUAGGAAACUUCAAUACAAAAAACUCAACAAAUUUUGAAACCUUAGAGGAGAUAAAGCAAGGAUUGGAACACAAAUCAGGAAUAUCGGUUCAUGGUCAAAUAUCAGACUAUAACCUAUACAAGAACUUUUGGAACUUGUAGAAAUACCUAACCAAUCCAUUCAAUAUAUUUACAAGCAACCAACUAGACUUUGAAGAUAUAGAUUAGUCUUAAGGUGAUAUGGAAGUAAUAGAAUCUAAUAACAAUAAUGAAGCAAUGGAACUAAUAGAACAGAGUUCAUAUCAUAAGUAUGAUAAAUUUGAUCUAAAGUUUCAUAGUAUAAAUGGUGAUGAGGAAGAAGGCUAAGCGGAGGAAAUCAUUGACAAAGAAUUGGAAAGUAAAUCAGCAAUCACUGGAACAAGCAAAAUUAAUUAGAUUAGUUCAGAAUCAAACCUUACAUAGGUACUCUCAACUAUCAGAGAUUUUAUUUCAAAAUUCAUGAGUUAGCCAAUCUAGGUGGAUAAGGAUAAUGCUCAGAUCCUGUUGAAGUAUCCAAAAUAUCUAAGCAAACACUCACUCCUCAAUUUGCAAUUCUAAGAUUACUUAUUUAGAGAAAAUUUCCUUACCUAAGUAUUGAUAUUUACUCAAACCAUCGCGAAUCCAAUAAAUCUUCAAUAAAAGAAAUUCUUUAUCAUUACUGAAGAUGAGAAAAAGCUAGUACAAAAUAUUGAGCAAAGAGUAUCCUAGCUCUUAUAAGAUUCUAUUGAUUAGAAUCAUAAUAAUAAGUAAAUUAAGGGUUCCAGAAUACUAGGCAAGCGCAGAUCUAUGGCGCAAUGCGUAGAUAGUAUUAUUUAAAGAGAGAGUAACUGGGCUAAGUGGAAGGAAAACAAAUGCACAAACUUUGAAAAGUAACCAUCACAAAUCUUGAAGACUAAGAAAAGAGAUGCUAAAAGAGCAGAAAAGCUGAUUAGCUGUCCACCUCUUGUUCAACCUAGAGAUAAAGAAUUUAAUCAUCCAAGAGUAGGUUUGAAUCUUAGAAAGUAUCUCAGAUAUCCAAAAGAGUCCUUAGAUGAGUAAGGAAAUUCCGUUAACAUCAAAGCAGCUGACUAACCAAUGCUUAACGAUUUGCUCAAUCCUUAUGUGAUAGAUCUUGAUGUAGAAUAGGCAAUAGAGGAGACUUAUAAGAAUAAGCACAAUUAAGUGGUAUCAUGGAGAUUUCUUAGAUAGGUAUCAUUCGUUGACCUUGUUAAUUUCCAUGGCAGACCAGAAUUUCAUAGAUAGUAUCAUAAGUUCGAGGGUAAUGCUGAAGAACAGGCAUUCAUACUUUAUAGUAGAAACAAAAAGAAGCAAAUUACUCUACAAAGUGAACAAUAAAAUACAGAAACUAAUGAAACUAAUGGAAAUAAAGUUCAAAAUGGAGACUAACCAUAGGAUGAUGUUAUACAAGAAAAGGAUAAAGCUAAAGUGACUGGAUCCUAAUCUACACCCAUUACAGUUUCAAGUUCAAAUGGAACCCAUAAAUGA